AUGAUUUCUGCACUGCCGAUUCCGGAUCUGGGGUGCGCCACUGGUGAGCCUCGUUAUGUUAAUGGUUUGGGCGGCAGUGGGGAAGAUGGUCGGCCUGUUCAGUGGGACCCAACUAGAGGCCCGCUGGUGCCUGCGAGGGGUGACUCCACACCCAACGGUAAUAUACAAGUUGGAAACGGUGCAGCUAUUGGAAGCAGCAGCAGCAGCAGUAGCAGCAGUCUGUGUUGCGCCUGUGAUGAUAAGUAUUCGCAGUCUGCGCUCCUUCAUGUAUCGUUAUGA